AUGUCGAAUCUUGUCGUUCCCGUUGUUCUCGGCUCAACCGUUGUAUGGCUCGCCGUCAAGACAAUGGCUAUCGGGAAGCGAGAGACUUAUCUCCCUCCCGGUCCUCCCACCGUCCCGUUGCUGGGUAAUUUACAUGAAUUUCCUAAGACCGAAGCCCAUUUAAAACUGACUGAAUGGGCUCGCAUCUACGGUGGAAUGUACUCCUUGAAGAUGGGCCCUGGCACAGCUAUAGUCAUUACCGAUGUUGCUGCCGUCAAGGAACUUAUGGACAAGCGCUCGCAGUCAACGGUCGAUCGUCCCCCCAACCACAUGGCCGACUUGGUAGCUGGUGGAAUGAACAUGGUAUUGUCCCGUUACACCGAGGACUGGCGUACUCUUCGUCGUGCAUCCCAUGCAAUCUUGACCCAGCAAGCCUGUGCCGGACAUCUCCCUAUCCAACGUGCAGAGGCUGCGCAGCUCCUGCAUGAUUGCCUUACUACUCCCGAGAAAUUCUAUACCCACAUUCGCCGUUAUUCGUCAUCUGUCAUCCUUUCAGUAUUGUUCGGAAAGCGUGCACCCCGUUUUGAAACCAAAGAGGUUACCGACUUCUUCAAUGCUCAACACAGCUGGGAAGAAGUCCUCGAGCCUGGUGCUCACCCGCCAAUGGAUCUCAUCCCUAUCUUGAAACACGUUCCAGAAGCCCUUGCUUCGUGGAAGACACUUUGCAAGAAGACUCGCAAGCUCCAACGUGAUCUAUACUUCGGUCUCCUCGAGGAAACUGAGCGACGUAUCGCUAAUCAUCAAGAAAACAACUGCUUCAUGGAGCAAGUUUUAGCCCGUCAGCAGGAGUUUGGCAUGAGCCGUGAGCUCGUUGGCUACCUUGGUGGCGUCCUAUUGGAAGGUGGCUCGGAUACUACCAGCUCUUUCCUCCAAACGCUUGUACUUGGUCUCACAGCUUUCCCCGACGUUCAAAAGAAGGCUCAGGCCGAGAUUGACUCGGUUGUUGGCUCUGAUCAUGCUCCUACCCCUGAGGACUUUGACCGGCUUCCUUACAUCCAAGCCAUCAUCAAGGAAUGCCACCGCUGGCGUCCGGUCGCGCCCCUCGCAAUUCCUCACGGCACCAUCCAGGAAGAGACCUACCGAGGUUACCGCAUUCCCGCCGGCUCGACAAUUUUCGUGAAUAACUGGGGAAUGUUCCACGACCCUGAAGUCUACGAGCGUCCCGACGACUUCUGGCCCGAUCGCUUCUUGCAAAACGAGUUUGGUACCAAGCCUGGCGUCGACAAUACCGAUCGCAGGACCAACAUGGCCUUUGGCAGCGGUCGUCGAUUCUGCCCUGGUGUCCACCUAGCUAACAACAGCUUGAUGCUGAACACCAUGAAUAUGGUCUGGGCGUUUGAUUUCAGCCUUGCUACUGAUCCCGACACUGGAAACCCUAUCCCUGUGGAUAUCCACGAUUAUGCAAAGGGUAUCUUGACGUGCCCGAAUCCCUUCAAAUGCAAGAUUACUCCUCGCAGCGCCCACCAUGCUGAAAUCAUCGAGCAUGACUUUGCUGCGGCUGGGCCCGCAUUCGAACCCUUUGAACGGGAUUUGCGCGAGGAAGACCUCGCAUAUAUUGCCACUCAGCGCAAGUAA